GGAGCUGCUGCUCCUCGUCGGAGGAGCAGAUCUGUUGACAGGACUCGUCCCCUUUUCUUUGGGCAAGUUAAAGAAAUUCCAAGCACUUGUUUUCAUGAAUUGCUAGAUUCUAUUAGAUUUCGGGAAUGGCCCAGACUAAAAGAAAAAGCAAAACAGCAUGCAAAUCCUGAAAUCUAUUUCUUAUUUAAGAAAGGAAAUGGCAAAAGAAUUGAUGCAAGUUCUUACCGUAGGGGACAAGAAACCAAAACACAAACAAAAAGCAAAUACAAAAAGCUUUGUUUCAUGCAAUGGCGUACAUUUCAGGGCUUCUCUUCUUUUACUUCAGAAUCCCAUUUCUUUUAUACCUUCCUUCUCUAUGAUCUCUCUCAGUUCUCCAUUUCCAUAAUGCAGUCCCAUAAUCAACAACAACAGGAAAUGGAUGAUGUCUUGGAAGUUAACAGACAUUUGCUUGGAGAGCUUGAAGACAUGGGAUUCCCUCUUGCCCGAGCUGCUAAGGCUAUUCAUCAUUCAGGUAAUACUAGCAUAGAGGCUGCCAUAAAUUGGAUCAUUGAUCAUGAGAAUGACCCAGAUAUUGAUCAUAUGCCCUUGAUAGCAGUCAACAUUGAAAUCGAAUCUCCUCCAGCAUCACAAGAUACUGAGGAAAUGCAGAAUAAGUUGCAAGAAUUAAGAGAUCAAAAUCACAAGAGGAAGGAGGAAGAAGAAAAGAAACUAGAAAGAGAAAGGGAGAAGGAAAGGAUUGGAGUGGGUAAGGAAGUCCUUGAGGCAAAGAGAAUUGCUGAGGAUAAUGAAAGAAAACGUAAUUUAUCGUUGAGGAAAGCAGAAAAAGAAGAACAGAAAAGGGCAAGGGAGAAAGUUCGUCACAAACUAGAAGCCGAUAAGGCAGAAAGAAGGCGAAUGCUUGGAUUGCCUGCACCCCCAGUUAGCCAUAUGCCUCUAAAUGCUCAGAGACAUGUUGUGCAGGAGAAAAAGUCGCAGAACACUUCUCUUUCUACUACGAAAGCUGAACAGUUAAGAGAAUGUUUAAGGUCUGUUAGGCGCAAUUACAAGGAUGAUGAUGCUUCAGUCAAAAGGGCCUUCCGAACUCUUCUGACUUAUGUGAGUAAUGUUGCAAAGAAUCCUUAUUCAGAAAAAUUCAGGAAGAUCCGGAUACAGAAUCCAUUAUUCCAGGAGAGAGUUGGAAGAAUAAAAGGAGGUAUUGAGUUUCUUGAACUCUGUGGGUUUGAGAGAAUUGAAGGGGGCAAGUUCUUGUUUCUUCCUGGGGACAAGAUUGACAUGGAAGUAUUAAACUCAGCAGGAUCUGAAAUAAGAUCUGCAAUAACAAAUCCCUUCUUUGGUCUUCUGAGUCAUGGAUAAACAGAAUGUUGAUGUUUUAUUAGGACAAGCCAAUGAGUGUUUGCGAUAUUAAUAAAUUCGACUAUUAUGUAUCUAUUUUAUCAUUAAAUAUCAUAUAUGUUGAAUAUUAA